ACACGAGUCCUGCUCUAUUAAAUUCAGAGGCUUGCAGGUGUAGGCUAAUGGUACGCCCCAAAUGGCACCUUAAACGUGGUGCACUACGUAGGGCGUGGGGUGCUAUUUGGUGACGUUUCUCAGUGGGUCAUGGUUAUUGAGUAAACAACUUAAGUUGUGCAAUUAUUUACCUAAACCAUGAAGCUGUUUCCGCUUGCAGAUAAAUCACAGCUCCGCUUUCCCUUUCUCAGAUUCCUCUCACCUUGGAAUUUUCUCCCUCUGCAGGUAGACUAAUAUUGACUUUCGAGUGGCCUAUCAACAUCUGUGGAAAUUAAUCGGCAUCACUGCAUCUAGUCUGCCUGUUUGUAUCGUAUUUUUUCUCGAAAGGGAUUCUAUAGUAGGGCCCAUCUCUCAUUUACUCAGGCACGUUCAAUUCGUAGCAGAUUCAUCUUUAGCGAGUCGCGACAGAGAGAUCGAGGUGAGGUAUUGCGGUAACUGCGUCUGCCUCCACUCUGCGGGCAGGGUAGAGUUGGAUAAAGUGAAGGGAGGAGCCGUGCACCUGUUAGACCAGUUAGGGACACAUGACUGCAGAAGAAUUUGCUUGAGUUGGUGUCCUUUUGUCGAGAUACAAGACGGAAAGGAUGUCGGAGCCAGCGACGAAUCCUGCGGUGACAGCAUGCCCAGCGCCGACGAUAUCUUUGCCAUUGGGACUACAAAUAUUGAGGACGUACUCCGGUGCUCUGAUCUGCUUGGAAAUUAUAUUUGGAGGGUUAGUAUGGAUCCUGGUGGCGUCCUCCAACGUGCCCGUGCCCCUGCUACAGGGCUGGGUGAUGUUUGUCUCUGUCAGCACGUUCUUCUGCUCCAGCGUGUACCUCCUCCUCUUCCUCCUGGGCCUGGCUGACAGGAUCAACACUGACUGGAACCUGAUGGAUGUGCUGUACCACUUCACAGCACUGCUGUUCUACUUCAGUGCGUUGGUGCUGGAGGCUGCCGUUACGUCUGCCAGAGGGGUCAUCAGUAGUACCAACAGCUCCAUACCAGGAUGUGUAACAGCCCCUAGUGGGAAUAUACUCACCUUCCUGGACAACAGACAAUACAGUAUUAACGUGGCAGCUACGGUCAGUGUACACUAACACACAAUGUCAAGGCUAUCUGUAAUGCAAAUGGUGGUUCACUGAUCAGACCAGGCUUUUAAUUCAAAUUCUUCUUACUGUACGUGCCUGUUUGAGUUUGCCUGGGUUGAUAAACCAAUAGAAAGUUCCCAGAACUGCAAACCCUGCCCAUCUGGUUGUCACUAUUUACCAAAGUCAAAAUUGUUGUAAUAUUUUUUAUUUUAAUUUAAGGUUAAUCAGAUUUUAAGAAGAUAAAUUGUAGAAAUAGGUGUGGGUUAUCCAUAAUUAUGACUUUGUGGUAACUAAUGACAACCUACUCAUCUGGCACUCCAGGCAGACUCAAGCAAACGAUCAGUUAUUGGAAUCGAUUGUUGU